UGUAAAAAUUCAGUUCUCGACGUAUGAGAUUGAACACAGCGCCAUGACGGACGACGGUUUGCACAAAGACGGCUCUUCUAAUUCGGAAAAUCGAUCACUUGAGGAUCUAAGAGCUGGCAGGAAGAGACACGCUGACAAGGAACUGUUACAAAAUGAUGUGAGCAGUGGAUCUGACGACGAAAACCUAAAAGAAAACGGAGGUGUGAACUCGACGUCAUCAACAGUGAAUUUUGUUUUAUCAGACUCAUCUAGUAGUGGAAGACUACGAAGCUUUUCACUGGCUGCGCCAAAACUCCAGGCAUCAGCUUCGUUCACAAUUGAAUCGCGAGCAUCACGUUCUGCUUCGAUUGCUGAGAGUGGUUUUGGCAUGUCAGCUGCGAAGAGGUUUGCUUUCAGUGUUUCACAGCCCAAAAAUGCAGAAGCGGAAGGAGAAAGUUGUGCCCCAUCGAAGAGCUCAGAAGUUGCUACAACCAUUAGCAGUGAGAGCACAAGCAACUCAGUGAGUGGUUCGAGUAGAGGGCUUACACCUAGUCGUACAGUCAUCCAGCAUGUCCCGGGAAUGGCUAUGCAAUCGGAGAGUUCAAGUUUUGUGUUUGGUUGUGAUAUGUCGGACAGAGUCACGAAUACACCUACUCAAGCUGCUAAUGAACAAGUAACAUCUGAUGAAGUGAGAAAAGAAGAUGGCUCUUUGAAUAACCACUCUCCUGUAAAUGAAAGCGGAAGUCCUGGUGGCUUAUUUGCACAAGCGUCUUCUCGGCUUUGUGAUGGGGCGGUGGUUGCUUCUGUCACGCCUCCUCCUGUUUUUAAAGUUCCAGAAAUAGUAGAUGUGAAAACUGGUGAAGAGAAUGAUAAGAACAUUUUGCAGGUGCACUGUGUUCUUCACGUUUUUGAUUCGAAGACACACGGAUGGAGUGAACGGGGACGUGGUCUUUUGCGGCUUAAUGACAUGCACCAUCCAAACGAAGAUGGGACUUUCCAGUCUCGUUUAGUGAUGAGAACUGAUGGAAGCUUACGACUGACAUUGAACACAUUGCUGUGGCCUCAGAUGGUGUGUGAAAAGGCAAGUCGUCGAAGUAUUCGAAUCACUGCACUGGAUGCAGCAGGCCAGGGCAUUCGAGUCUUCCUCAUAACGUGUGCGGCCAAAGAUGUGCAUCCUCUUCAUAAUGCUGUCAAUACAAGAUUGAGUGCUCUGAAACUUAGGCAUGCUGUGCUUACUUCCCAGGCUGCUGCAGUAGAUCCGGAUGAUGACAGUGAUAGAGGUGACAAACCCAACUAUGAUGAAACAUCCGGUACGAGUGAUUUGUCUGAAGCAGACAGCGAUGUUGUCAGGAAAGAGACAUUAAACCGAGAGAGACUGGAGAAAGUAGCGUCGGUAUCUGAUCACGAAAAUGACUGAGUGACGUUGCAGUGUGUCACGUGACACGUUUUAUGCUGUAUACAAGUAGAAUUGUUGUAACAUGCUUUAUGAAUUAAAAAAAUUUGAACAGGAUGGUAAGCAAGUGCUUAGAGAUAUUUCGAAUCUUGUAACCAAGAAAUAUACAU